AUGCUGAGGGUUGCGGGGAGGAGGCUCUCGUCUUCGCUCUCCUGGCGCCCCGUGGCGACCGUCGGAGCCAGGGGCCCGCUCGCCGGCGCCGGCGGCCCUGGGAGAGACGACGACGACGGUUCGGCCUACCAGCGGCGGUUCGCCAUCGAGUCCCCCUUCUUCACCGCCGCGAGAGGCUUUUCUUCGGCUGAAACACUUGUUCCACGGAACCAAGAUGCUGGGUUGGCUGAACUCCCAGCCACUGUUGCUGCACUGAAGAACCCCAACUCAAAAAUCCUUUAUGACCAGUACAACCAUGAAAGAUAUCCUCCUGGAGAUCCCAGCAAGCGUGCCUUUGCCUACUUUGUUCUGAGUGGUGGGAGAUUCGUAUAUGCAUCACUGCUGCGUCUCCUUGUCUUGAAGUUUGUCUUGAGCAUGUCAGCAAGUAAGGAUGUGCUUGCACUUGCUUCCCUUGAGGUUGAUCUAUCCAGCAUUGAACCCGGCAGCACAGUGACUGUCAAGUGGCGUGGAAAGCCAGUCUUCAUCAGGCGACGGACAGAUGAUGACAUCAAGCUGGCCAACAGCGUGGAUGUUGCAUCCUUGCGCCACCCAGAGCAAGACGCUGAGCGUGUGAAGAACCCAGAGUGGCUGGUUGUUAUUGGGGUCUGCACUCAUCUUGGUUGCAUUCCCCUUCCCAACUCUGGAGACUUUGGUGGCUGGUUCUGCCCGUGCCAUGGCUCCCACUAUGACAUCUCUGGCAGAAUCCGCAAGGGCCCUGCCCCGUACAACCUUGAGGUGCCCACCUACAGUUUCUUGGAAGAUAACAAGAUGCUCAUAGGCUAA